AUGAAAAUUGAUAAUAGACCUAUCCCUUUUUACUACCAAUUCCUAUCCGGUGCAAUUGCUGGCAUAACUGAAGUAUCAAUAAACUAUCCUCUCGACGUAGUCAAAACUCGUCUUCAAUUACAAAUUGGCUCAAAGGCAACCGCUGCUCUUAAUAAUACUCCUCACUAUAACGGUGUUUUUGACUGUUUAUCCAAAAUCCUCAAACAUGAAGGAAUAAGAAGACUAUAUCGUGGGAUUUCGGCUCCAAUCUUAAUGGAAGCUCCAAAAAGAGCUGUUAAAUUCGGUGGUAAUGAAAGAUGGGGAAUCUUCUAUAGAAAUUUAUUCAAAGUAGAUGAAAUGUCCCAGGCUUUAUCCAUACUAACCGGUGCAAGUGCUGGUCUAACUGAAGCUUGUGUCAUAGUCCCCUUUGAAUAUUGCAAAAUUCAAUUACAAGAUAAAACAAAACAUUCUCAAUACACCAAUAUUCUAGAUGUCGUUAAAAAGACCAUCAAAAAUCAUGGAAUCCUAAGAUUAUAUACCGGUUUAGAAGCAACAAUGUGGAAACACUCCUCUUGGAACGCUGCUUAUUUCGGUAGUGUCUUUCAAAUUAGAGCUUUAUUACCAAAACCAAAAAAUUCAACUGAAAAGACUAUCAAUGAUCUAAUAGCUGGUGGUGUCGGUGGCAUUAUGGGCACAACUGUUUCAACUCCCUUUGAUGUUGUAAAAAGUAGAGUCCAAAGUCAACCACAUACCCCAGGUCUCCCAUUGAAAUACAUUUGGAAUUGGCAAUCUGUUAUCCUCAUACAUAAACAAGAAGGUUUCAAUGCCUUAUUUAAAGGUUAUGCCCCAAAAUUAUUGAGAUAUGCCCCAGGUGGUGGUAUUCUAUUGGUUGUAUUCUCCGAAUGCAUGGAUUUCUUUAGAAAAUUUCAUUAUAGCGAUCAAGAUAAUGAUCAAAAACUUGUAAAUAAAUUUACCUAG